UUUUAGAUUUAAUUUUCUGUGCCCUAAAGCCAUUUAAUUGUUACAUAUUAUUAAUUAUAGUGCAUUUUCUUUUGUUUUAUCAGCAAUUUUUUGAAAUCUAUAGAAGUUGAAUUAUGUUUCUCUAAAUCUUUAAACAUAUUAUUAUGUUUGAACAUUCAGUAAAAGUUCCUAGAAACUUUAAAAUUGCUGCAAGUAUAGUAAAAAAAGUAAUAACAGAAGGUGGAGGAGUAAAAAAUCUUUUGUAUGAUAAUAAACUUCGGCAUUUUAGAACAAACGUUAUAUAUGCGUUAGUUACUGAAACUAUUAAACAUGAUGCUGAAAUUAAUAAACUCUUCGAAACAACUGGUCUAUUAGAAAAAGAACCUCGCCUAGACCAAUGGUUGGCUAAAGUUAUCACUACUGAAUUAUUGUUUGGCAAAAAAGAGCUUCCAGGCGGUAGUAAACCUGAGAAAACAAUACUUAGUUAUAGAGAACAGUUUGAGAAUAUUCCCCGCCAACCACAAGUUGAAGUGAAACCUGAAGUUCGCCGGCCUCGUUAUGUGAGAAUAAAUACAAAUCUUCUAACAACCUCUGAUGCAAUAAGUGCUUUUCAAGAUGAAGGGUUCAGAUUCAUCAGGUGUACCUCCGGACCCUAUGAUGAUUACUUGAGUCAGAUAAAAACAUUAACAGAAUAUGAUUUCACACAGGACUAUCAUGUAAAGACUAUGUUUGUUUUUCAUCCAAGUACAAAAUUCCAUGAUUAUGACUUGUAUUUAGAAAAUAAAAUUAUAUUACAAGACAAGGCAACAGCUUUACCAGUUCAAUUAUUGGCGCCACCUCAAGGAAGUGUCAUAAUGGACAUGUGCGCAGCCCCUGGCAACAAAACAACACAAUUAGCAGCAUUCAUCAGAAAUCAGGGUAAAAUAUAUGCGGUUGAAAGAAACGAAGAAAGAUAUAAAACACUCUGCGAUUUCGUAGAACGAACUGAGUCAAAAUGUGUGACAACCAUGCAUAGAGAUACAUUGGACAUCAAGAGAGGGGAAUGUGAUGAUGUUGAAUAUAUAGUAUUGGAUCCAAGCUGCUCGGGAUCAGGUAUGCAACUAUCUGUGCACAGUUAUGUAGAUGAUGUCAGACUUGCCAGACUAACUUCACUUCAAGAGAAAUUUUUAAAACACGCCAUGAACUCUUUUCCGAAUGCCAAAAAGAUUGUGUACAGUACAUGCUCUUUGUUUCCCCAAGAGAAUGAGAGAGUUAUAUCAAAUGUAGUGAAACAAUCAAGAGCUAAGUGGAAAGUGUUGAAUGUAAAAGAGAUGUUAAAAGAUCAGUGGAAUAAUUUUGGAUCUGGAAUGUAUGGUGAGAUAGGAACAAGGUGUUUGUAUUCGCGUCCAGAUUCAGAUCUGACUACAGGUUUUUUCCUGGCUGUAUUAGAAAGAGACAGCAAGCAACAAGAAAGUCAGGAAUUGAAAAGGAAAGAGCAAACAGAAAAAAAUUCAUUACUAUCUCAGAAUAAGAUUGAAUCAUUAAAUGAUACUGAAAUAUCUAAUCAUUGUGAACAAAAUAGUAAAACGAAAGGAAAGAAAAGGAAGAAAAUGACUACCGAUGUUUGUACUGAUACGAUACAAGAAGAGAGCGAGGUAUGUCAAAAUGUAAUUAAAGUUAAAAAGAAAAAGGCUAUCCUAGAAGAUAUACAGGAAAGUAAUAGUAUGGCGGAAACUAUAGAAUGCAGUGGCAUAUCAGUUGAAAGUGAUGGUAAUACUCAAAAAAGAAAAACAAAAAAGAAAAAAAAACGUAUACAAGACGGUGAAAUGGUGAGUGAUCAAGAUGUAAUUAUUGCAGAAGAAGUAAUCGAAAAUUCAAAUGAAAAAAAGCAAACUAAAUUGAAGAAAGUUGAUAUUGUAAUUUUAGAAACAGAAUCUGAACCAAACUUAAACAAGAAGAAAAAGAAAAAGAAUAAAAGUAGUAAAGCAGAAUCAGAAAAUGUUGGUCAUAAUAGUGACCAUAUUACUCGACAAGAUGGGGGUAACUUAAUUGAUGACACAGUUAUUAAUUGCGAAAUUGAGCGUAAGUCUUCAAGUAAAAAAAGGAAUAAAUCAAAAGAUUUUUUGAAAGAAAAUGACUCAAGUGGUAUGGAAGUAUUAAUUGAAAGUGCAGACGUAAAUAAUCAAAUCGAUUACGACAAGACCAAUGAAACGAUCCAUAGCAAGAAGAAAAAGAAGAAAAGUAAAGAAUUAACAAAUAAUGUAGAAUUAAUUCUACAUGACGAUUCACAAAAUCUUAACGCAGUAGACUUUGAAAAAGACGAGCAAUCGUCGAAUAAAAAGAAGAGGAAAUCUAAAGAUUCAGAGAUAAUUGAAGAUUUUGUAGUAGAUUGCCAUAAAAAAUCAAAAAAGAAGAAAACAUCUAAGAACAUUUCUUAAUGUUUUAAUCAAUAAAUAUUUUUGAAAAAUA